AUGAUGGAUGUCCGAUUCCUCAAAUCAUAUUUAGGGUUUGUAAACCCAAUCGUGCUGAUCAUCACUCCUUUGCUCUCUCACCAAAAACUUUGAAGAGUCAUUCAUUAGUGGACACCAGCAGGAUAGAUGUGGAAUAACAAGAGAGCCACGUGUGUGGGGCAGCCAUCUAUCUGGCAAGGUUGAAUCUACCCAUGUUUUCAGAACAAUAGAUGUGUACUGUACACAUUUAUUCAAUUCUUCUUUCUUUCGUUCUUUAUUGGAUUGGAUUGGAGUGGAUUGGAUUUGAUUUAAUUAUUACAAGAGACAAUAAAAAUCUUCUUCCGUAUUCAGUAAGUGGAGGUCGGGGCUCUAUGGUAUUAAACUCCAAAGAUUCUAAACUCUAAAAAAGCCGCAAAUCCAAACCCUUCUUUGGGGUUUUCUUUGGUGCCCACCGAUUCAUCUUCCUUUCUCUCUUCUCUUUCUUUCCCCGCAGAAUUCGAUCUACCUCUUUACUCUUAUUUCUAAAAAAAAAAAAAAGAGGGGAAAAAAAAUUCCUCGGCCUCUUCCCCUCUCCCCCUGUCUGUCUCUGUCGCUAUGUCAAUCUCUAUCUCCAUAUCGGAUUUCAAUUUCUUUGGUUAAUUCAAAUGAAUUUAUUAUUUAUGUUGAAUUUUUUGUAUUUGGUAUCUGUUUUAUGUGCCUGAUUCUCACUUUUCGGCUGAAAAAAAUAUAUAUUGAGUAUCGUCAAGAAGAUUUUCGAUGAAAGAAGUAGUGGUGUGAAUUCAACUAGAUUUAGAUCAGUGACCGUUGUUCAUGUCUGAAUUACCUCGAUUCAUCCAUGACUUUGAGCUAUCAAUGUUCAUAUUAGUUUUUGGUUUUGGGAAUGAGGAUGGAGGAGCAGUACUGGGAGAUGCCGCUAGAGAGAACGAGAUAGAUCAUGAUGAGCGGGAUGGGAUAUUGGUAGAAAGCCGAUGAAGGCCUCUUCCAUUCUCUCCUUUUUUGCAUCGUCGGAAGAGUAGUAGUAGUACGAGUACAAGAGAGAGAAGUGGUUGACCUUUUCCUCCUUAUGCUAGAUUUAGUGAUGGAUUUAACGGAAAGUGGGUGUGCAGCGGAAGACAAGGAGGAAGCCCCAGAAAACACGACGCUGCCACGUUUUGAGAAUGGAUCUUGUGGUAAUGAAGUUGUGGGCCUCGCUUCUGGGCAACGAGUGGAUAUUAAGACUUCGCCGGGGCUGCCGAAUCCCCCGAAUGGGAAACCAAUCGGAAUUGCAAUUGGAAUUGGAAUUGGAAUUGAGGAGCAGCCACUGGAGCCUCAGCCACCUUCCAUUACCUCCACCGCAAUCGAGUCUACCUCUCGCCCACCGUCACCACCCCCAUCGGGAGUCACGCCACCAACAACUACCGCCUCCAAAGGUUACGGUCUCAGGAAAUGGAGAAGGAAACGCAGAGACUACCCAAAGGACGGAAGCACUGUUAUGGAUCUCAAUAGGAUCUUGAAGAGGGGGCUUUCUAUUGUUGCUGAACCGUCCAGACCUCGACACGCAUCUCCCGAGAUCAAUCCUAACAGCGAGGGAUCUGUUGCGUCCGCUAAUUCAGCCGUAAAGAGUUCCUCUGUUCCCAGUGUUGUUUCUCCCUUCAAGGGCUCCAACUCAGAUUCAAGGUUGGCGGCCGGGUCCACUUUCCCCGUCCCUACGGAUUCUGAGAACAGCAAGGACCGAAGUAGCAAAUCUUCCACCGCAGCCAGUGCCCCCAAUUUGAGGUACGAUGUGCCCCUGUCGGUGGGAGGAUCCUCCUACUCAUCGCGAGACAAAAGCAAGAUCAAGAAUCUGAGUGGGAAUGCUUCAGCUGGUGCUGUUCACAAGGAGCAACACAGGAAGAAUAGGAUUGAGACCGGUAAGAAGUCUAAAGCAGAAAGGUUCAAAAUUGACCAGGAAAACUCGUAUUCGUGGCUGGAACCCGACUCCAGAAGCUCAAAUGUUCUCUUUGCACAAAUGGAAAGCACUUCUCCGAUUAGUAAUGGAAAACACAGUAAAAAAUCAUCCAAUUAUGAUGGAAAAAACUGUGAUGAAGCCCAUAUAAGUGAGAUGCAGUUUCGCCAAGAAGUUCGAACGGAUCAUGGCAAGGAAAAUGGGGUAGAAGUUGAAUAUGUUUCACCGGAUGAUGUAGCUGCAGAUAUGUCAUCGGAGGUGAAGGAAGAGGAAAGUGAUAAUCAUCAGCCCACAACAGACCAGGAUCCUUUGGCUGAUUCAAUUUUUUCACUGCUGUCGGUGCAGGAGUCACUUGAAAGAGAAAUAGAAAAGUUUGGAGAGAUCGGAUGGGAAACUGUUUUUCUGGCUGAUGAAUCCAUUCCCAGUCAUCACUUCCCUGCAGGGUUUGCUUCCGUUGAUCCAGAAACCUGUGAACCCAACUCAUCUGACCCUUUGUGUUUUAAGGAGAUUAAACCAUGCAGUUUGCCAAAUCCGGAAGUUCAGUUAAUUGAAGUGGAACAGGGGAUAAGUCGUCCUGAGAGCAAUCCUGAAGGGGCAUCAGCUGCCUGCAAGGUGAAGGAAAAUAGAGGUGAGUCAUUGAAAGGAGAAUCAGGGAGCACUCUAAAGUUCACACAGGAGUUUAGACAGUUGGAGAUUGAGCUCGAGGAUCUGAUUAAGCAGAAGAUUGAAGCUGAAGUCGAGUAUAUGGUUAUUACUAGAUCAACCCAGAAUUUGGAAGUUGCCACAACAGACCGCAUCUCAUUCAUUGAGGAACAGAAGUCUUUGGUUGGAGAGCAUACCCAGAUGCUGCAAAAGCUCAGACACGCAGAAGGUAAUGCUGUGUUUUUGAAGAGGCAGGCAGAGGAGUUAGAGGUGUCCUGUGGGGAGUUGCUGGGAACUGAAGAGGUUUUGGGGUUGCAGAAUGGUGUUUGUAAGUUUUCACUUUGCUUUCUUAUCCAGUUGAUUUUGCUGUUUGUAGUCUUAGGGAUAUUUCUCUUGAAGCUGUUGCCCCAUUCUGCGGGGUCUGUACCCACUUAAGUGUGCAAACAAGAAUUCCGUUUUGUAUUCUUAUCACUACGAAAAUUUGAAUGUUAAAAUUUUCUAGACAACAA